AAAAAAAACAACAAAACUUAAAUAUAAUAAAAAGCGCCCAAGAGAGCGCCAGCCUAGAGAAACAAAUAAGCAACAGACGCGACCGCAUGAUAAUUUAGAGUCGAUUGAAUUUUUCGAUAGACGUCACAAAAGUCCCCACUAUUCGCAUAUUCACAAUUCCGUUCCGUCGCGUCGCGUCGCGUUAACACAAACAACUUGAACAUCUCUUCUCAUCUUCAAUUUGUUGUACUUUUCCUCUUCUUUUUUUUGUAUUUUUUUUUUUGAGAACAAUUUCUAAAACAACGUGACCUGCGUUUAGAUAGUGCAGCGAAAGACGAGUGCAAAGUGCGAUGCCAAAAAAAAACUCAAGCAUAAAACUAAACAGUUAAGUGUGCGAUUUUGAUCCAAACAACGACAGCGACAUCUAAAAAAAUAACUACAACUAGCGCAGCAGCAGGCGGAACAAAAGCAACAACAAAAACAACAACAGCAUCGGCAGCAGCAGCAGCAGCAGCAAGAGCAACAACAACUCUAAUAGACAAAGCACACACAAGAACAGUUAAAGAGAAAAUUAGUUAUUGCGACGCCCUGCUGCGCCAACUGAGCAGCAGCCGCAGCCGCAGCGCUUCAAAUUAUCAACGUCAGAGCAAGCGGAACAGCAGUGGACAGACGAGAAGGGGAAACAAUACUGAAAGCUUCUGCACAUAUGCGACAAGCUUAAGCAGAAUGACAACAAUGUCGUCCCAAGAAGCAGCCGUCGCCAGCAGCAUGGCCCAAGCACAGGCAGAGGCUCAGGCUCAAGCUCAGUUCACAAGAGAGUAUUACGACAUGCCCUAUCAAUGCGAAAUGAGCGACUCAGCACCCAAUACGCCCGGCCCGUUUUCGGUACCAAAAAAAUACUAUCGCCAUGCGGCUCACAGAGUAUUUGUGAACCGAUCGCUGCAUUUGGAGAAUAUCAAGUACUAUGGCUUCGACAUGGACUAUACUCUCGCGGAAUACAAAUCACCGCAAUAUGAGCAGCUGGGCUUCAACUUGGUGAAGGAGCGUCUGGUCUCGAUGGGCUAUCCAAAGGAGAUAUUGCAGUUCGAAUAUGAUCCAACAUUUCCAGUGCGUGGCCUCUGGUUCGACACGCUCUAUGGCAAUCUGCUGAAGGUGGAUGCCUAUGGCAAUAUUCUUGUUUGUGUGCAUGGCUUUGAGUUCAUCAAACACCACCAGGUGUACGAGCUGUAUCCCAACAAGUUCCUCAAGCUGGACGAGUCCAGGGUUUACGUACUGAACACUCUAUUCAACUUGCCCGAAACCUAUUUGCUGGCCUGUCUGACCGAUUUCUUUACCAAUAGCAAAGAUUUUGUUCGCGUUGAACGCGGCAUCAAAGCUGGUGAUUUUCUAUUUACGUAUAAGUCGAUUUUCCAGGACGUGCGACGAGCCGUCGACUGGGUGCAUUCCGAUGGCGAUCUGAAGCGUCGUACCACACAGAAUAUGGCGUACUAUGUGAAGAAGGACAAACGGCUGCCGACGGUUCUGUCGCGCAUACGUGAGUCGGGCGCAAAGCUCUUUAUGCUGACCAACAGCGACUACACGUACACCAACGAGAUAAUGAGCUAUCUGUUUGACUUUCCUCACGGAGCGACUGCGGAUGAGCCGCAUCGGGACUGGAAGAGCUACUUCGAUGUGAUCGUGGUCGAUGCACGAAAGCCGCUGUUCUUCGACGAGGGCACGGUGUUGCGACAGGUGGACACGAAGACGGGCGGAUUGAAGAUUGGCACCCACAUUGGGCCACUGCAGCCGGGUCAGGUGUAUUCGGGCGGUUCGUGUGAGCUAUUCACCAAGUUCAUCAAUGCCAAGGGCAAGGAUGUGCUGUAUGUGGGUGAUCACAUCUUUGGCGAUAUACUCAAGUCGAAGAAGAUUCGCGGCUGGCGCACGUUCCUCAUCGUGCCGGAGCUGGUGCGCGAGCUGCACGUGUGGACGGAUGAGUGCCAACUGUUCGCAGAGCUACAGAAUCUGGACAUCAAGCUGGGCGAUCUGUAUCGCGAUCUGGACUCGAGUGCCAAGGUCAAGCCGGACAUAUCACAGCUGCGCACCUGCAUUCGGGAUGUGACACACAAAAUGGACAUGUCGUACGGCAUGAUGGGCUCCCUAUUCCGCUCUGGUUCCCGCCAGACCUUUUUCUCCAGCCAGGUGGUGCGAUACGCCGAUGUCUAUGCCGCGACGUUGCUCAAUCUCAUCUAUUAUCCAUUUUCCUAUAUGUUCCGUGCACCGGCCAUGCUGCUACCCCACGAGUCGACGGUCGCCCACGAUCAGGCCCAUCCGCCGCCCACAGCGGCGUCAACGUCAAGUACUUCUUCGGCGGCGCUUGAGGGUAUCUGUACCGGCAGCUCCGUCACCACUGGCACCACCACCAGCACCAGCACCAGCAGCAGCAGCAGCAACGUCGCAUCCAAGCUCAGCUCGGCUCCGCGCACUGAUGAAGUUUUGGCUGCAGUAGCAGACGUGCCCGCGACUGUCGGCAAGGAUCCCAAGGAUUUGCAUCGUGCGAGCUCCAUUGUGCACACACGCCCGUCUACGCCCACUGUGGUCACUCACACCCACGACGAGGACUACUCGGAGGAGGAAGAGACGGCCAGCGGUCCAGAGUCCGCAUCGGAGCAACAGCAGCGCGAAGCAUCCGACUAAAUGAAGUCGCUCCCCCAACGCGGAGAUCAACGAAUUUGCAAACCGACCUGUUUCUUUUGUCAAUUUGGCAGAUCAACUCCGUAUACCUAAGUGAAGGUUGCAGCCUCCUUUCCCCCAACCCCCUUUCCCACUCCCCAAUUGCAACUAGUGAGAAACAAGCGAUUUUUUUUUCGAUUUUACAUACAUAUAUACAAUUAUAAAAUCUAUAUAUAAAAUAUAAUAUAUGUAUACAUAUAUAUACACUAGCUGAUUGGUUCCAUUUGCCCAAAAUAUAUUAAAGAUGUAUUUUGUAAAAGCAAAACCAA